UGAUCUCAAUAAGAAAAUAUUAUUUAAUAAGUGCUACAAAUAAAUAAAUAAAAUAUAUUUUAAUAAAUAAUAAAAAUAGUGUCUUUAAAAGUUUUAAAAUGAAUAUAAAAGUGACUCCCAAAGACGAGAAGGCAAAUGAAGAUGUGUUCGCAAAGUUGUGUGAUUUCGGAAGAUUUCAGACUUUUCAGUAUUUUUUGGUUUGUUUACCGUUAGUCAUGGUGUCCAUGAUGAACGUGAACUAUAUAUUUGUUGCUGAAAAUGUCAACUUCAGAUGUCGAGUCCCGGAAUGUGACGGGCCCAACGCCACAGCAUCCACGCCCGUGUGGUGGCCUACCACUCACGACACGAAGUGCAUAAGGCCAGUGUUCAACCUGACAGAAGCGACGUGCGAUAACCAGAUGGCUGUUGAGUUCAGGGAGUGUGAUGACUGGAUUUAUGAGCAUGAGAAUUCAGUUGCGGUUAAGCUGGAUAUCGGGUGCCAAUCAUGGAAAGCUUCGUUUGUAGGCAGCGUCCACAACAUAGGAAUGUUGUUCUCAAUGAUAUUGAUGGGUUGGAUAGCUGACAGAUUCGGAAGAAAACCGACAAUAAUAAUUUGCGCCGUGGGAGGAGCGGUCGGAGUGUUUAAAAUCUUCAUGACCAAUUUCUACGCUUAUCUGGCCGUAGAAUUCUUGGAGUCGUUCGUCGCAUCCGGACUUUACACUGUCGCUAUUGUCUGGAUGAUUGAAGUCGGCGGUGAAACCAAAAGAGUAUCAGCUGGUGUCAUAUUUUCCUACGCCAUAUACGUAGGCGAGGUAGCAUUCGCCUUCAUAGCGAUGGGACUCCAGCACUGGAAGUCUCUGAUACUAGCCAUAUACGCCCCUGUGAUUCUGUUCGUCGUCUACAUAGUUAUUCUGCAAGAGAGCACAAGAUGGCAACUAUUGCGAGGAAAAACUAAUGGUGCAAAGAGAACGUUUAAAAUAAUAGCCAAGAUAAAUAAACUAGCUUUAACGAAUGAAGAAAUCGAUAAUAUAAAAGAAGAUGAUUUAAGAUUGAAAUUCAAUGUAGCUUCUCAAAAAGAAAAAGAGACAGUGAAGGAUAUUAUUAAGUCUAAAGAAAUAAUGAUACGGCUAGCAGUGAUUUCCUUCUGUUUUUUCACAUCUAGCUUUAUAUAUUACGGGUUGGCAGUACAAGCAGUUUCAUUGCCUGGGGACAAGUAUUUGAAUUUCGCACUGACUUCGUUGACAUCGUUUCCUGGAGACCUGUUGGCAUAUUUCACCUUUUCUAAAUAUGGAAGAAGAAUAUCUUUACAAGGCGGUUAUUUGGGCUGCGGUGCAUUUAUACUUGCACAGGCUUUUGCUCCGGAGUCAACCCCAUGGCUAAAAUUGACGCUGUUUCUACUAGGGAAAUUAGGAACCGCUCUCUGUUUUACUGGAGUGUAUACGUACAGUUUAGAACUGUUUCCUACUAGCGUAAGAGGAUCCUUGUUUGGAUUUUGCAACACGCUUGCGAGAAUCGGUAGUAUGCUGUCGCCGCUGGCUCCUUUAUUAGUAUCGGAGCUGCCCGCUCUACCAUCAAUACUCUUUGCGUCGACGGCCAUGAUGGCAGCUCUACUAUUAACAUUUACCCCUGAGACAAAGACUUUACCAUUGUUUGACACUGUGGAAGAAGUAGAGGCUUAUAAAUCAAAAAUGACUACUAAGCUUUAGAAAAUACUAUAAAAUAAAUGAUCUAGUAAAAUUAUUUUUUCUUCUUCGUUCU